AUGGAAGCAAGUGCUGGACUCAUUGCUGGAUCUCAUGACCGGAACGAGCUCGUUGUUAUUCAUGCCCAUGACGAGCCCAAGCCUUUGGCUUCUUCAAUUAGGCAUGUGUGUGAGAUAUGUGGAGAUGAUAUUGGACUCACAGUGGACGGAGACAUCUUUGUGGCCUGCGAUGAGUGUGGCUUUCCAGUGUGCCGCCCUUGCUAUGAGUAUGAAAGGAAAGAGGGCACACAAGUUUGCCCUCAGUGCAAGACUAGGUACAGGCGUCUAAAAGGGAGCCCAAGAGUGAAAGGAGACGAAGAUGAAGAAGAUAUAGAUGAUAUCGAACAUGAAUUUGACAUGGACGAUGAGCAGAACAAGAAUGAUCAAUCUGCUGAAGCAAUGCUUCAUGGGAAGAUGAGCUAUGGAAGAGGCCCAGACGAUGGUGAAGAUCAUGAUAGUGCCCAAUUCCAACCAAUAAACAAUGAGCUCCCAAUUUCAACUCACACUCAUCGAGAACCAAAGCUCUCAUAUUCACUGCACAAACGAGUGCAUUCGUAUCCACUGUCUGAGCCUGGAAGCCCGAAAAGCAAUGAAGGGAAAGAAGCCGGAUGGAAAGAGCGAAUGGGCGGGUCAAAAAUUCUGCAAGGAAAUCUUGGACCCGAAUUUGAUUACUCAAAUGAUCCAGAUAGGGCCAUGGCAGAUGAAACAAGGCAGCCACUUUCAAGGAAAGUACCUAUUGCUUCUGGCAAGAUCAGCCCUUACCGGAUGGUAGUUGCAACUCGGCUUAUCAUUUUGCUCUUCUUCUUCCAGUACCGAAUUAUGAACCCGGUACAGGAUGCAAUUGGAAUCUGGCUAACAGCUGUAAUCUGUGAGCUCUGGUUUGCUCUUUCAUGGAUCCUUGAACAGCUUCCCAAAUGGUUUCCGAUUGAUCGCGAGACAUAUCUUGAUCGCCUCUCUCUCAGGUAUGAGAGGGAAGGCGAGUCAUCGAUGCUUUCUCCGGUGGAUGUUUUUGUUAGUACAGUGGAUCCCAAAAAGGAUCCUCCUCUAGUCACUGCCAAUACAGUUCUAUCAAUCUUGGCCAUGGACUACCCAGUUGAUAAAAUUUCAUGCUACGUUUCAGAUGAUGCAGCUUCCAUGCUCACCUUCGACUUGCUCACUGAAACUGCAGAAUUUGCUAGGAAAUGGGUUCCCUUCUGUAAGAAAUUUUCCAUAGAGCCUCGAGCUCCUGAGAUGUACUUCUCUCUCAAGAUUGACAAUCUCAAGGAUAAAGUCCAACCUACGUUUGUCAAAGAGCGUCGGGUCAUGAAGAGAGAGUAUGAAGAAUUUAAGGUUCGUAUCAAUGCACUGGUUGCAAAAGCAAUGAAGGUUCCUGUCGAUGGUUGGAAUAUGCAAGAUGGGACUCCAUGGCCUGGAAACAAUACAAAGGAUCAUCCGGGUAUGCUUCAAGUGUUUCUUGGAAAUGGUGGAGGCCUUGAUGCAGAAGGAAAUCAGCUCCCCCGUCUUGUUUACGUUUCUCGUGAGAAACGGCCUGGUUUUCAGCAUCACCUCAAAGCUGGUGCCAUGAACGCCCUGGUUCGUGUCUCUGGAGUGCUUACAAAUGCCCCUUUUGUGCUGAACUUGGACUGUGAGCACUAUGUAAACAAUAGCAAGGCAGUGCGAGAGGCUAUGUGUUUCUUGAUGGAUCCACAAGUUGGAAAGGGAGUUUGCUAUGUCCAAUUCCCUCAAAGAUUCGAUGGCAUUGAUAAGCUAGAUCGAUAUGCCAACCGUAACACAGUCUUCUUCGAUAUUAAUAUGAAAGGCCUAGAUGGGAUUCAGGGUCCUGUGUAUGUUGGCACCGGAUGUGUUUUCAGAAGGCGAGCUUUAUAUGGCUAUGAACCUCCAAAGAGUCCUAAGCGACCGAGGAUGGUUACCUGUGACUGCUUUCUUUGUUGUGGAAUGAGCAGAAAUCCUAGUAAAAAUCCUAAACAUGAAGCAAAUGGAGAAGUUGCAAGCUUGCAAGGACUAGUCGAAGAUAAGGAGCCAUUGAUGUCAGAAAUGAACUCCGAAAAGAAAUUUGGACCAUCGCUGGUCUUUGUUGCUUCGACUUUAAUGGAGCAAGGGGGUGUGCCCCCUUCUUCUAGCCCUGAUGCCUUGCUUAAAGAAGCCAUUCAUGUUAUUAGCUGUAGCUAUGAAGACAGAACUGAAUGGGGUUCUGAGUUGGGUUGGAUGUAUGGUUGUGUCAUAGAGGAUAUCCUGACAGGUUUUAAGAUGCAUUGUCGGGGUUGGAGGUCCAUAUACUGCAUGCCAGAGAGGCCCGCAUUCAAGGCAUCAGCUCCGUUCAACCUUCCAGAUCGGCUUAAUCAGUCGCUUCAAUGGGCACUUGGCUCUGUUCAGAUAUUCCUCAGUCAUCACAAUCCAAUCUGCUAUGGCUACAAGCAAGGACACCUCAAGUGGCUUCAACGUAUUGCAUAUAUCAACACAACAAUCUAUCCCUUCACCUCCUUCCCGCUCCUCACCUACUGUACCCUCCCAGCAGUCUGCCUGCUCACUGGAAAGUUCAUCAUGCCAGCGAUAAGCACACUUGCAAGUCUCUUCUUCAUUGCUUUGCUUAUCUCAAUCUUCACAACGGGCAUACUUGAGCAGAGGUGGAGUGGAGUGAGCAUCCAGGAAUGGUGGAGAAAUGAGCAGUUCUGGGUGAUUGGUGGGGUAUCUGCACACCUCCUUGCCAUUGUACAAGGUCUUCUCAAUAUUUUGGCAGGAACCGACACCAAAACCCCCAUCAUAUCCAAAGUAUCAGAAGAUGAGGAGUUCGGGGAACUAUAUGCCUUCAAAUGGACCACUCUCCUUAUCCCUCCAACCACUCUCUUAAUUAUAAACCUUGUUGGAGUUGUUGGCGGGCUCUCUGUUGCCAUAAGCAGUGGCUAUGAAGCGUGGGGAACUCUGUUUGGGAAGCUCUUCUUUGCCUCUUGGGUGAUUGUCCAUCUCUAUCCAUUCCUUAAAGGUCUCAUGGCGCGGCAAAAUCGAACACCUACCGUUGUUGUUAUAUGGUCUGUGCUUUUGGCCUCCAUUUUCUCCUUGCUAUGGGUCAAGAUCGACCCAUUUGUCACAGAAACCAAGGGACCUGACAUUAAGCAAUGUGGAAUCAACUGCUGAUUGCUUUCAUGUCUAUGUUUUCGACAUGUGCAUCUCCAAGAACAUCCAUGUAUUUUGGCGUGUUUCGAGUGAACAAUAUGUAGAAAAAUCGAGUUGCAGAAGAAAUAAUGGUUGAGUGAAAAUUUUUGUUUAGCAUAAUGCAUUCCAGUGAGUUUUGUAUGCGAAGUGGAGAAAAUGGCUUUCUUAUUUUUGCAAUUUGCAC